AACAAAUGGUCCAUCACAUACAUACAGCACUGGGACUAUACACUCCUCUCAGAUUGUUUACUCUAGGACUGGCAACAUCUUGGCAUAUGAACUAAUUUGCUUCAACAAUUAAAAGACAGUUUAAAAGAUCUAUAUUCAAUACAGGAAGCUUACCUCAUUACCUCGUUUUUCUCUUUUGCUGUACUUUGCAUCAGCAGCCAUGGUCCUGGAGGAUAAUGAGUGUGACUCUGUCUUUGAGCCUGCAGUCACUGAGGAGCACGUAGAGACUCAGUAUGGAAAAGUCCACUGCAUCAUGACAGGGACACCAAAGACAAACAGGCCUGUCAUCCUGACCUACCAUGAUGUGGGACUAAACCAUAAAUCCUGCUUUGAGACUCUGUUUAACCAUGAAGACAUGAGGGAGAUCAUAAGGCAUUUUCCUGUUUGUCACGUUGAAGCACCAGGACAACAUGAAGGAGCCAAGACCCUCCCUUCUGAGUACAUCUACCCUACCAUGGACCAGCUGUCUGAAGCCCUGCCCUCUGUCCUCAAACACUUCGGGUUGAAUAGUGUGAUUGGACUGGGAGUUGGAGCAGGCGCCUACAUCUUGGCCAAAUUCGCACUGAAUCAUCCUGACAUGGUGGAUGGACUGGUUUUGAUCAACAUCAACCCCAACGCAGAAGGAAUAAUGGAUACAGUUGCAAACAAAAUCACUGAAUGGACCCAAACUCUCCCUGACACAGUCAUCACACACUUGUUUGGAAAGGAUGAGAUCCAGACCAACCAUGACCUCAUAGCUACAUACCGUCACCACAUCACAACAACAAUGAAUCAGUCCAACGUGAGUCAGUUCUUCCGAUCCUACAACAACCGACUUUCUUUGGAGGUGGAAAGACCUGUUCCUGGAGGAAACAUCAAUGCCCGGACACUCAAGUGCCCCACUCUGCUGGUUGUGGGAGAUAAUUCUCCGGCUGUGGACCCGGUGGUUGACUGCAACUCUAAACUCAACCCCACAAAAACAACACUGCUCAAGAUGGCAGACUGUGGAGGACUUCCUCAGGUGGAUCAGCCAGCCAAAGUGACUGAAGCCCUCAAAUACUUCAUCCAGGGCAUGGGAUACUUGUCCAGUGCCAGUAUGACCAGACUUCGGUCACGGACUACUUCAAGUUCCAGCAUCUCAUCAUUCGAUGGCCCUCGGGGCCGCGCACACACCAACGAUUCACAGCGUAGCCGGACACACUCAUACGGCAUGGAUGAGAAACGUGGGCGCUCUCACACUGAUGUCUCUAUGGAGAGCAUUUCCAACAAUCAGAGUAAUGUCAAGUCUACUGAAAUGGCAUGCUAAAGAGCACAUCAAUCUUAAUCCUUUGCACUUAAAUCAAAUUAUACCUCAAUCUACCUACCUAAUUUUACCUCUGUCUCGUCAUGCCCUUUCAUCUGCACUAUCCUUUGCUGAAAGAUCAAAGGUCACACUUUGCUCUAACCUUCAGGUCUUUGUCCCUCUAUUCUCUCUCUACCUGCACCCUUUACUCAAUCUACUACAAUCACAAAUACUUCCUUCUUUUUCUGCAAUUUCAGCUGCUCCCUUUUUCUCCUCAGUCUUUUUUUUUUUCUCUUCGUAUCCUGCCCUGAACUGCUGCUGGUUGUCUCUAAUCUCCCUGUCUUUGCCUGCUUUUUUUCCUUAGCUGCUCUAAUCCCUUUGUUUUCUUCUCCCCUCUCUCCAUUUUUAUCUCUCUACCACUGAUUCAAAACCAGAGAUUGUGCUGCAGGCUUUCUCAAUCUCCAGUGCUGAUAAUGAUGUAUGCUAGAUGAAGAGAUAAAAAAGAGAAUUGAAAUGUUGUCAUUGUAGAUCCUAAUACCAAUGUGAGUUAAAAUUCAAAUAUGUAUUCAUGUUUAAUGUGCAUAAACAAGAUGUAAAGAUACUACUAGUGUAAUGAUUAUUUAUUCCCCUCUGACAGCCAUGUAUUGUUAAAAAUCAAUGUGCUAUGAACAUAAACGUUAGUGAAUGCAAUGUUUGAUUGCUCAUAAUCCUUUGUAAAAUAAAACUAUACUGUAAAGACUAUUUAAUGGAUGACUUAACAUAUGAACCUCUUGUGCUAUCACUGAUUAAACAUACUAAAUAAA